AUGACGACCAGGCAAACGGAUUGCCUGGCGUGUCGCAUAACAGGCACUGCAACCUUCACCGGCCUCGGCGCGUAUGCCCUCUGGAUGUCGCGCGAGGCAGCACCGGGCGGGCGCGGGUCGAAAAGAAUAAUCGCGGUCUUGGGUGCUGCGAUGCUUGUGGGCGGCUACUUGCGGUGGAACCAGUCUGGAAGCGGAGAAGCGCUACCAGCGGAGCGCAUACCUGUCUCGAGCAAAUCUUGA